AUGUCAAACAGUCAUAAAUUAGUUAUAUUACAUGGUAAUUCUCAUCCAGAAUUGGCCAAAGAAAUAGCGCAUUGUUUAAAUACAACUUGUGGAGAUGCAUUGGUUUCAAAAUUUGCAAAUAGUGAAACCCAGGUAAUUAUAAAUGAAUCUGUUAGAGAUGUUGAUUUAUAUAUUGUUCAACCAACAUGUAACCCAAGCGUUAACGAUUAUUUAAUGGAGUUAUUGGUUAUGGUUGAUGGUGCUAAAAGAGCAUCGUCACAUAGGGUCACAGCAGUUGUACCAUUCUUUGGAUAUGCAAGACAAUCAAAAAAAGAUAAAUCAAGAGCUCCAAUUACAUGUAAAUUGGUUGCAAACAUGAUGGAGGCUGCUGGUAUUGAUAGGGUUAUUACAAUAGAUUUACAUUCAAGCCAAAUUCAAGGAUUUUUCAAUAUACCAGUUGAAAAUGUUUAUUCAGAACCAUUAUUUGUAAAAUAUAUAAAGAAAAAGAUUAAGGAUGAUUUUGUAAUUAUUUCACCAGGUGUUGGUGGUGUAAGAAGGGCUAAAGCAAUUUCAGACAAACUAUCAUCAGAAUUAGCAAUCAUUCAUAGACCAAAUAAAGAAAUGUCAUUAUCAUUAUCAGCAUCAUUUUCAUUUGAUAUUGAAACCGUAUUAGUUGGUGAUGUUACAAACAAAGUUGCAAUUAUAAUUGAUGACAUAGCUGAUACCUGUACAACAUUAAGAUUGGCCGCGAAUGCAUUAAUCAAAAAGGGUGCUACCAAAGUUUAUGCUUUAGUAACCCAUGGUGUAUUCUCAAAUAAUGCAAUUGACAUCAUCAACGAAUCUCCUAUUACAGAAUUAGUUAUCACCGAUUCAAUUCCAAACGACCACAAUAAAGCAAAAUGUCCAAAAUUAAAAAUCAUCUCGGUAGCCUCUGUAUUGGCCGAAACUAUGCGUAGAGCCCAUCAUGGAGAAUCAAUAAGUAAUAUUAGAUAA